AUGGCGGCGUCACUCCCGGGACCCGGGAGCCGGCUCUUCCGAACGUAUGGAGCUGCGGGCGGCCGGGAGACGCCGCGGCGGCCAGGCCGGGCAGCCGCACACUGGUUCUCCCCGAAAGAUCGGAGACGUUUCUUCAGCAGUAGCAGUAGCAGCGACGCCAGCGGCCCCUCGCUGUUGGUCGCUUCCGACGACCCCGACGACCCCGACGACCCCGACUUCGAGGGCAGCCCGGUGGGAAAGCGGCGCAAGGGCGCAGGGCGCCGGGUCGCCGCGGCCCCGCCGAGCCAGAUCGUGACCAGAAGGCGCGGGCGGCCGAGCCAGUUCGCAGCCCCGGGACACGACCCGCCGAGCCCCGCCACGACCCCCAGACACCUGAGGCUGCGAGCUCGGCCCCCGCAGAAGUGCAGCACCCCCUGCGGGCCCCUGGGGCCCCUGCACCUGCCGCCCUUCCCCGCCAGCAUCGCGGGCCGCCUCGGCCCGGACCUCCGCGGGUGCAGGCAGCCCGGGGACGGCAGCGAGCUGGGCACCAGCGCCUCCCUCUUCAGCCCUCUGGCCUCCCCCGGCGCCGGGUCACCAGGGCCAGGAGAUGCGGCGGCCGAGAGUCCGAGCGACGUGCGCUCCCCGGCGGCCACGCGGGACCGGUCGCCUCGCCCCUGCGCCCGCAGGUUCGCCCGCUUGGCCGCCGGCGCCAGCCUCAGGUCAGUUCUCUUUGGCCCAGCAGACUCGGGGAGCCCCGAGGACCCUGAGUUUGGGGCCGAUGGGAAGGAAGUGACGGGCUCCUGCUGCGAAAGGCGGCGGUGGGGAAGGAGGUUGGAGAGCCCGGGUGUGCCGGGCGACUGGAGCAGCAGCAGGACCGCAGACCGAGGGUCUCGUCUAGAGACUGCGUCUGGCCAGACAGGCCGGGAGGACGGUGCUUGCGAGACCAGCAGGCCAGAGGCAGCUGGGACACGCUGGAAAAGGAAGCGUCGGGAGACAGGGGGCACGUCCCGGCUCCAUGACCACCGGCACAAAAGAGGCAAAAUAGGAGAAAACCAGUCACGCCUCACCCAGGACCUGACCCGUUUGCAGAAUGCCUGCUCUUGGACCAAAACCAGGGCCUCCUUCAGUUUGCACAAGAAGAAGAUCAUAACCGAGGUGUCAGAAGUGUGCAGCAGCAAUACUAUUGCCAGUUCUCUCGCUCGGUCCCUCCUGUCAGAAGCGUGUAGCACUCCUGUCAUGAACAGAACCAGCAGUGCUCUGUCCCCUUGGCGCUCAUCUUCCAUGUAUUUGCUCACCCCCUCGAAGACAGCACACCUUGCGGAUAAAAAGACACUGGACGCUGUCAAGGUGUAUGGGGAAUGCAACCAGGAAGGUCCUGUCCCCUUCAGCUAUUAUUUUUCUACAGAAAAACUGGAACAUUGUAAAAAGAUUGGGGAAGGUGUGUUUGGUGAAGUGUUUGAGAUUACUGAUAAUCACACACCCGUAGCCCUAAAAAUCAUCGCUAUUGAAGGAGCGGAUUUAGUCAAUGGAGCCCAUCAGAAAACCUUUGAGGAAAUUCUGCCAGAGAUCAUCAUCUCCAAAGAGCUGAGCCUCUUGUCUGACGAUGCCUGCCACCGCACAGAAGGCUUUAUUGGGCUGCACUCAGUGCAUUGUGUUCAAGGGUCUUACCCUCCCUUGCUCCUCAGAGCCUGGGAUCACUAUGAUUCAACCAAAGGGUCUGCAAAUGACCGCCCUGACUUUUUUAAGGAAGACCAGCUCUUCAUUGUGCUGGAAUUUGAGUUUGGGGGGACUGAUUUAGAACAAAUGAGAACAAAGUUAAAUUCUCUGUCCACGGCAAAGAGCAUUCUCCACCAGAUCACCGCAUCCCUCGCUGUGGCAGAGGCGGCACUGCACUUUGAACACCGAGACUUGCACUGGGGGAACAUACUUUUAAAGAAGACCAGCUUCAAAGAGCUCCAGUACACCCUCAAUGGGGAGACGAGCACUAUCCCCACCCACGGACUACAAGUCAACAUCAUCGACUACACCCUGUCGCGCCUGGAGCGGGAUGGGAUUGUGAUUUUCUGCGAUAUUUCCAAGGACGAGGACCUAUUCACAGGUGAAGGCGACUACCAGUUCGAGGUCUACAGGCUAAUGAGGAAGGAGAGCAACAACCGCUGGGGCGACUACCACCCUUACAGUAACGUGCUCUGGCUACAUUACCUCACAGACAAGAUUCUGAAUCAAAUGACUUUUAAGAAAAAGGCUAACACUCCUGCCUUGAAGCAAAUGAAAAGAAAGAUUGAGUAUUUCCAUAAGACAAUGCUGAACUUCAGCUCUGCCACUGACCUGCUCUGCCAGCACAGUCUGUUUAAGUAAACCCAAGGCGCCUCACUUCCCUUGAGAAAGCACCUGUCCCAGGGUCCCCAGUGCCCACCUUCACUCGCCUUCCGCAGGGUGGAAUUCCCAUUCCUAAUAUUGCUAAUCAGCUCUUUAAACAAGAAUUUUGCUUCCAAGUGGAAACUGAAAUGUUUGGUGAAAUGUUUAAACCUACUACUCACUGUUCUUAAAAAAAUAAAUGACUCAUGGGAA